CUAUGAUUUUUUUUACCUACGCCCCUGAGUGGGGUUGCCACUUUUUGAUUCGCACUAAAGAGCCGGCUUGUUUUUAACCGAAUCGAAAAUGUCUUUGGAAAUCCUUAAACAAGGCGCCGAGGGGCGUCUGUAUUUGGGCGAUUUCAAAGGAGAAGCCUGCCUGAUCAAGGAGCGGUUCGUGAAAAAGUACCGCCACCCGGAACUGGACACCCAGAUCACGCGGCAGCGCAUGAAAGCUGAGGCAAAAGCGGCCGGACGAUGCCUGGACGCCGGAAUUUUGGCCCCGAGGAUCCUCCACUCGGACCUCAACAACCACAAGCUCUAUAUGGAGUACUUUGACAAAGCAAAGACAGCCAAGCAAUUUAUUCAAGAUAUAGUAACCAGCCAUUCAGAGUCAGAGUCGCAGAAAUCCUUGCAAGAAUUAUGCACGAGAAUCGGAAAGAUCAUUGGCAAAAUGCACUGCCAUCAUAUCAUACACGGUGAUCUAACCACUUCAAACAUCCUCAUCAAUCCAAAAGGGGGUGAUUAUGAUGUGAUAUUCAUCGACUUCGGAUUAAGCCACUACAACCAGGCCACCGAGGACAAGGGCGUGGAUUUGUAUGUCCUAGAACGGGCGCUGCUAAGUACGCACAGCGAGCAACCUUACUUAUUUGAGCAUAUUCUUAACGCUUAUCGUUAUGAAUGCGGAAAGGAUGUGGGAGCCGUUCUAACCAAGUUCGAGGAGGUAAGAGCCCGAGGACGCAAACGGACUAUGAUUGGUUAACAAAUAAUAAACUUUAAUAUGAGUUACA